AUGGACCUUGCGACAAUCCCGUCCCCAGUAGAUGAAGAAACGCAUCAAAGAGGAAGACAGAUUUGUGCACAAAACACAGGAAUGCCUGACACUCAUUCUGUAAUGGACGAAGCAGAAAGUAGGGGAAUUGGCGCAGAAAAAACUCCAAGUACAAAAGAAGAAUCACUAUCAAGAGCUGAAAUUCACACAGACACAGAAGAGGACCCCUGUUCAGCAGAAGAAUCACUAUCAAGAGCUGAAGUUGACACAAACACAAAACGGGACCCCUGUAGUUCAAUUGAACAAGCACAAAUUACAGAUUAUAACGAAGCAACACGAGUGAGCUAUCCAGCAGAACAAACAGGAAGAGGAGAAGUUUGGACACUCGAAAAAUUGAAGGAGGAACUGCCUUUUUUUAAAAAGAUGUUACCUAUGUGGUUUGCCUUUGUCAUAUACACUAUGGUGGAUGCAGCAGGUAGCUCUUUUUUCUUCGGGCAAAUGAGUAACUUGGAUGAUCUCAUAGGAAAUUCUGCAGUGUAUUUUGCAGGAUUCACCUCAUUUACUGCAUCUGUAGUCUCAUUUCUUUACGAAAAAGUUAUAGCUCCAAAGAAGUGGAGACAUGCUACGUUGGUAAAUAUUGGUUCUGCAGUGACAUGUUCUCAGCUAUGUUGCUUUGCUGCUUGGCUGGUUGAGGUAUACAGGUUAAAAUCUGUUAAGAGAAAAGGACUUGAAAAUGAUAAUGCCACUACUGUUUCCAUGAGCAUCUUUCUGUUAGUUCCCCAGUUUUUCCUGUUGGGGAUCAUGCAAGGCCUAUUGAGAACGGGUUUGGUUGAUUUUUUCCAUGAUCAGAUAAAUUACGAUGAUAAGCUGAUGAAGAGGUAUGGGGAAUACAUCAGUGCUUUCGUCCUUGGCGUUAUAAGACUGCUUACCACUCUUAAUAUACUGGUGCCCUUUUUUGUGUCCAAGAAAAGUUGGUUUGGUGACAAUAUAAACACGAGUCGCCUAGAUCUGUAUUUCUUUGUGUUAACACUCUGUAGUCUUGUUAACAUUGGCUACUAUUUGUGUGUUGCCCGCUAUUAUGCAACAUCUAGAUCACCAAAUGCAAUUGGAGAAGAACAACAAGAACAGAGCGCAUGA